AGCCGCCGCGGCGCCGGGGGAUGGGCAGGCAGCCGCGGCCUUGCUGGCCCCCAUGGACCUGGGGGAGGAGCCGCUGGAGAAGGCGGCCCGCGCCCGCCCGGCCAAGGACCCCAACACCUACAAGGUGCUCUCGCUGGUAUUGUCAGUCUGUGUGUUAACAACAAUUCUUGGUUGUAUAUUUGGUUUGAAACCAAGCUGUGCCAAAGAAGUUAAAAGUUGCAAAGGUCGUUGUUUUGAGAGAACAUUUGGGAACUGCCGCUGUGAUGUUGCUUGUGUUGACCUUGGAAACUGCUGUCUGGAUUACCAGGAGACGUGCAUAGAACCAGAACGCAUAUGGACAUGCAGCAAGUUCAGGUGUGGUGAGAAAAGGUUGUCCAGAAGUCUUUGCUCCUGUUCAGAUGACUGCAGGGACAAGGGCGACUGCUGUGUCAACUAUAGUUCUGUAUGCCUAGGAGAGAAAAGUUGGGUAGAAGAAACAUGUGAGAGCAUUGAUGAGCCGCAGUGUCCAGCAGGGUUUGAAAUGCCUCCUACCCUCUUAUUUUCCUUGGAUGGCUUCAGGGCAGAAUAUUUACACACUUGGGGUGGCCUUCUUCCUGUUAUUAGCAAACUAAAAAACUGUGGAACAUAUACCAAAAACAUGAGACCAGUAUAUCCAACAAAAACUUUUCCUAAUCACUACAGCAUUGUCACUGGACUUUAUCCAGAAUCCCAUGGCAUAAUUGACAAUAAGAUAUAUGAUCCCAAAAUGAAUGCUUUCUUUGCACUUAAAAGUAAGGAGAAAUUUAAUCCUGAGUGGUACAAAGGAGAACCAAUUUGGCUCACCACUAAAUAUCAAGGCCUGAAAAGUGGCACAUUUUUUUGGCCAGGAUCAGAUGUGGAAAUUAAAGGAAUUCUCCCAGACAUCUAUAAAAUGUAUAAUGGUUCAAUACCAUUUGAAGAAAGGAUUUUAGCUGUUCUUAAGUGGUUACAGCUUCCUAAAGAUGAAAGACCACACUUUUACACUCUGUAUUUAGAAGAACCAGAUUCUUCAGGUCAUUCAUAUGGACCAGUCAGCAGUGAAGUCAUCAGAGCAUUGCAGAGGGUUGACAACAUGGUUGGCAUGCUGAUGGAUGGCCUGAAAGGGCUGAACUUGCAUCGAUGCCUGAACCUCAUCCUUAUAUCAGACCAUGGCAUGGAACAAGGCAGUUGCAAGAAAUAUGUAUAUCUGAAUAAAUAUUUGGGAGAUGUUAAAGAUAUCAAAAUUGUAUAUGGACCUGCAGCUCGAUUGAGACCCUCUGAUGUCCCAAAUAAGUACUUUUCAUUUAAUUAUGAAGAUCUUGCCAAAAAUCUUUCUUGCCGGGAACCAAACCAGCACUUCAAACCUUAUCUGAAACAUUUCUUACCAAAGCGUAUGCAUUUUGCCAAAAAUGACAGGAUUGAGCCCUUGACAUUCUAUUUGGACCCUCAGUGGCAACUCGCAUUGAAUCCUUCAGAAAGAAAACAUUGUGGAAGUGGAUUCCAUGGUUCUGACAAUUUGUUUUCAAAUAUGCAAGCACUUUUUAUUGGCUAUGGACCUGGAUUCAAGCACAACAUUGAAGUUGACUCCUUUGAAAAUAUUGAAGUCUAUAAUUUAAUGUGUGAUUUACUGAAUUUGACACCUGCUCCUAAUAAUGGAACUCAUGGAAGUCUUAACCACCUUCUAAAGAAUCCUGUCUACACCCCAAAGAACCCCAAAGAAGUUCAUCACAUGGUACAGUGCCCCUUCACAAGAGCCCCCAGACAUAACCUUGACUGCUCAUGCGAUCCCUCAGUUUUGCCAGUUACAGAUUUUGAGACACAGUUGAAUUUGACUGUGGCAGAAGAGAAGGUUAUUAAGCGCGGCACUUUACCUUAUGGAAGACCCAGAGUUAUCCAGAAGAACACCACAGUCUGUCUUCUAUACCAGCACCAGUUUGUGAGUGGUUACAGCCAUGACAUCCUGAUGCCCCUUUGGACAUCUUACACUGUCGACAGAAAUGACAGUUUCUCUACAGAAGACUUUUCCAACUGUCUUUACCAGGAUCUUCGAAUUCCUCUGAGUCCUAUCCAUAAGUGUUCCUUUUAUAAAAAUAAUGCUGAACUGAGUUAUGGGUUCCUCUAUCCACCACAACUAAAUAAAGGUUCAAAUCAACUAUAUUCUGAAGCACUGCUUAGUACUAAUAUAGUGCCAAUGUACCAGAGUUUUCAAGUUAUAUGGCACUACUUUCAUGGUACCCUUCUGCAAAGAUAUGUGGAGGAAAGAAAUGGUGUCAAUGUUGUCAGCGGUCCUGUGUUUGACUCUGAUUAUGAUGGACGUUAUGAUUCCUCAGAGACCUUGAGGCAAAACAGCCGACUCAUCCAUAAUCAAGAAAUUCUGAUCCCAACUCACUUCUUCAUUGUGCUGACAAAUUGUAAAGACACAUUCCAGACUCCCUCACAGUGUGAUGAUUUAGACAGCUUAGCUUUCAUUUUGCCUCACAGGGCUGACAACAGUGAGAGCUGUGUGCAUGGAAAGCAUGAGUCUCUGUGGGUUGAAGAGUUACUGAGGUUACACAGAGCUCGGAUCACAGAUGUUGAACACCUCACUGGACUCAGCUUCUAUCAAGAAAGAAGAGAGUCAAUUUCAGACAUUCUAAAGUUGAAAACACAGCUGCCAGCCUUUGACCAAGAAGACUGAUUUUCUUUUUUUUUUUUUUUUUUUUUUUGAAGACUGAUAUAUUUUUAAUUCUAAAAACAUAGCACAAUGUUUUGGAAAGAACCUUUUAUUUUAUACAGUCCUCUCUUCACGCUGUCACAUUGUUUGGAAAAUGUCUACCAGAGCUGAGAAUCCUCUGCGAUACAAUCAUCUCAGGGAACCCUGUGGCCUCCGCUUGGCAGUAGAAAAAUGCUCUUACUGAAUCUCACACACGGUUGAAUGAACAAUUCUUAAUUGUUCCAAUUUGGGGAAUAAAGACAGACUAUCUCUAAAACUACUCUUCUACUUCUCUUAAGGGCAGAAGUAGCUGUGAACCUUGUCUGGACACCAGAUAUUUGAAUUUUAUUUUCUUUAAUAAACUUUUAUGGAACUGGCAAACACAACUGAAUGGAUAGGAUUGGAAUAGUCUGUGUUACAUUAGUAUUUUCACAAGGAUUUAAAAAGUGAUUCUGGAUACUUUCUAACUUGGAGUUUCAUUCAUUUUAGUUUUAACUGAAAAAAUUAGUAGAAGCAAAAAUAUUUCUAAGGCCCUCUUUCUGUCUUUGCCCUAUACCCCUUCAAAAGCCAAAAUAUGUCAUCCUGUGGGUAUUUUUUUUUUUUUUUUUUUUUAGUUGUGACUGGCUUCUUCAGAUUUAAAGUCUUUAACAAGUUAAACUUCGAGGAAAGAUGUGUGAAUUGAGUAAUCUAGUAGAUCUACCUGCUAUAAAAUUUUCUUCUACAUUUAUACAAAAAGAGAUUCCCAUCCUGUUCACUGGUAAUUAACAUAGGUGGAAAAUAGCUCUAAAAGUGGUUCUUUUAGACUAUUAAAAAUGACUUGGUGGAACUUCAGAGAACUUGUCAGCACAUGCGUCGUGGCAUUUUUCAAGACAGUAGGUUGUUUUCCUCUGCACAAAAAUGACCCCGCCAACAGCAGAACUGUGCUGAGCUGUUCAUUUUGAAGUUCCCCAGAUAUGGAGAGAAUGUGUAACCAUUGCUUUACGUCUUUUUGGUCAUCAGUCAUAAAGGAACCUGACCUCUCCACCACAUAGCCUGUAUCUUUUAGUCCCAACCUGUGAACGUUCAGAGUUGGCCUUCACUCUUAGGCAACCUGGGUUUGAUUUCAGUGAUAUAUUAGUCCACCAGAAAUCUGUAUUUGCUCUUCAUAUAAUAAUCAUUCUUCAACAGACUACAGGGCACAGAAUCCUUUAGAUAAUAUAAUUUGUAUCUAGAAAUUAUUUAAUGACUUAUAUAGUUGGGUUGUUUUUUGUCUUAGUCCCAUAGGGUCCUGAGAGUUUGUAGAUUACUUUUUUCCAAUCUGUCUUCUGUUAUUCAAUUUGGGUCAAUUUCUAUUGUUCUGUCUUUAAGUUCACUGAUUUUUUUUUUCUCUCUCAUCCAUUUUGUUGUUGAGCCCACCCACCCACUGAUUUUUAUAUUUCAAUAAUUGUGUUUUGUUUUGUUUUCUAAAAUUUCCACUUAGUUCUUCUUCAUGUCAUUUCUUUCUUUGCUGAGAAUUUUAAUUUUCUUUUUUUUUUUGCUGAGAUUUUCUAUUUUCUCAUUUUUUUCCAUUGCACUUCAUACUUCCCACUGAAGCAUCUUGGUGAUGGCUGCUGCAAAAUUCUUUUCAAAUAAUGCCAGCAUCUGUGUCAUCUAAAGGUUGGCAUAUGUUGUCUCUUUUCAAAUUGAAAGAGAUUUUCCUGGUCCUGGGCAUGAUGAAUGAUUUUCAGUGGAAAACUGAAUAAUUUAGGUAUUAUGUGAGUAUAGAUCUUUUUUAAACCAUCUGUUUUAGCAGACUUUCUCUGACAUCAGCUCAGUGGGCGAAUUAGAAGCACUGUCUAGUUAUUUCCACGCGUGGCUAUGAGUCCAGGUUUCCCACUCAGCCUCCAGUGAUGGUCGGGGCGAGAUGAGACCCUUGUCGCUGCUGUGUAGGGUGGGAGGUCAGCUCUCCACUGGGCCUCCAUUGAGUGCAUUCCUGGCUAGGGUGUGCAGUGAGCCGUGUCCUUGCUCCCAUGUGGUAUCCACUGACACUGGGCAGGAAUGCUGGGAAAGCAUUAUUAUGACCCAAGAGGGGAUGAAAUGACCAGUUGCCUACUCAACCUUCUCAGACACCGCAAUUUCAGGGGAGUUAGGAUACUUCAUUACAACCUGUUGAGGCUGGAAGUCUAGGCUCCCCACUUGGCCUUUGCUGGCAUGGGUAGGGCCAUGGUCUUUUCAGUGGUGUUUCCUGGAGUGGAGCCAUUACUCUUUUCUCUCUUGGUAGGCUACUCUUCCAGUCCUUUGGCUAGAGAGUAGGCCUUUCUUCCGACAUUUUUCUGCGCACUCUGUUGGCAUGUACAGGUUGUGACUUCUUUCACUCCAAGUCUGGGACAUAGGAACUAAAAAGCAAACUCAGGGCAAUUCAUCACAGCUUUGUCUUUUGGGUCCCAAGGUCCCUAGCCUGUUUGCCUCCUUCUCUCCACCUGUCAGAAUCUUCCUAUUUUUGUUUUAUAUGUAAUAUCUAAGCUUUUUAUCUGCACUUAGCAGAAGAAUAUCUACUUCUUUAUAGAAGUGUCUCAUUGAUUUUUAUAUAUUCUUCAAAAGACAUGCAGACACAUGAUUGCCUCUAUAUAAAGUAUCUUAGCAGAUCUUAAUUAAAUGGAUAGAUGUCUCUCCCUUUUGCCAGUCACCAGGGAUACAAAGAAGGACAAGUUAUAAUCCUUACAGUUUUAGGGAGGGAGAGGACAUAGCAGAAGUGUAGAUGAUCCCAAAAGGGUGGUAAUUGUUUUAAUGGAGCCAGGCAGGGUGCCAGGGAGGAGAGAAGAGACACUGGGUGGUACGUGGUAGUCUUAUCAGUGACUUCCCAUGGAUGGUGACAUUUGGACUGGAACUUGGUGUGAAGUGGAACUCUUCAGGUGAACAGGUAAGGAAAGGACAUUUUUCAAAUUUAUUUAUUUUUAAUUUUUUUAAAGAUUUCAUCCAUUUAUUCAUGAGAGACACAGAGAGAGAAAGAGGCAGAGACACAGGCAGAGCGAGAAGUAGGCUCCAUGCAAGGAGCCCAAUCUGGGACUUGAUCCCGGGACUCCAGGAUCAUGCCCUGAGCCAAAAGCAGGUGCUAAACUGCUGAGCCACCCAGGCAUUCCAGGAAAGGACAUUUUAAUAUCCGUUGGACGAAUACAUCCUUGGCCUCUUCCCAUUUACUCUUUUACUUCUGAUAUUUCCUACGAGUGUUGCUAUGACCAACUUAUGAUGUACAACCGCUUUAUUUUUUCUGCUUUGUUAUAAUAAUCUAUUCUUAAAAGUCAGACUAUAAAUGCUAUGCUGGCUCUUUAAAGGGCACCCACAUCUAUUCCUACUGAGCUUGUUUUUUCAGUUCCUCUUACAGUGUUCUUUUUCUUAUUUUGUCUCGAAAGAGAUCUCUCCUUUGACAUAUUAUCAAUUUAAGACAAGUGACUGGCCUUCACUCUCUCAAUUUGAAUGGUAAAGUCACAAGACUAUGUAUGAAAAUGUCUUUAUCCUACUCUCUACAGUAAAGGCUGGUCUUUGCUUUUCAUAUACAAAGCAAAACCUUUACUUUUCCCUCAUUUUAUUGCAAUGCCUCUGAUUAGUACUUCUUAAAUGAUGUAAGUAACUUCCGUAUAAGAUUUCAUAGCUCAGUCAGCUCGUUUAUGGCAGAGCAGAGAACCAGCUGGAACUUAAAAAUACCUAGAAGUUUCAGAGAAAAGAGGGCAAACCUUAGGGGGCUGAAGGCCAAUGUUCCAGCACGGUAGAUCAAUGUGUAGAGGACCAUUAGGCCAGUUGGCCCAGUCCUGUUUCAGGAGAGGAGGCAGAUGAGAUUGUAGCGGAGACCACCCACUCCUCCAGGAAAGGCGGUUACUUCUCCUCACCCUGACUUUUUUCUUUCAUUAGCUACAGUAACUGUCCUACCUUGCCUUGUGGGUACCUGCUUAUGUAUAACAGGAACAGGCAUUUGAACUUUUGAAACUAAAUGUGAUUACACUUCAUGCCAAAGCCUAUCACAGGAAUCUGGUGUGUUGGUGCUUUCGUAAUAAGCAUUUGGUAAAAUUUUAACAUGACUGCAGUCCAGUGACAUUUUCCUUGAUUUUUGGCAGUCUAGAUAUUGUAAGGGGGAGGGGAAUAAUCUACAGAAUAUGUCUCUAAGCUAAGAAAUGCGGAUUUACCAAUAAAAGUGAUAUAUGCAGAA